AUGUUCUGCAUAUACCAACAUGAGUUUUUCUCACCAGUGGGACUGCAGGCACAGAGCAGCAGCAAACCUACUGAACUAAGGAUUGUUCUUCUGAGGAAAACAGGAGUUGGGAAAAGUUCAGCAGGAAACACUAUAUUGGGAGAAAGCAUAUUCAAAUAUAAAAAAAGUCUGAACUCUGUAACAAAGUGUUGUAGUGUUGGGAGGUCAGUUGUUAAAGGCAGAACUUUAUCUGUCAUUGACACUCCUGGGUUUUUUGACACAACACUUCCACGGGAGAAGAUGACAGUGGAGAUGGCAAAUAGUGUGUUUCUGCCUGCACCAGGACCUCAUGCAUUCUUAUUUGUACUUCCUGUAGACAGAUUCACAAAGCAGGAGGAACAGGUAUUGGCACAAAUUCAAAUGAUUUUUGGUGAAGAUGUGCUGACAUAUCUUAUAAUCCUCUUCACAAAUGGGGAUGAUAUUGACCCAGAGACAUUUGGUACAGAGGUAAAUGGGCAUAAUAUAUUGAGACCAAUUGUAGAGAGAUGUCAGGGCAGAUUUCACGUCUUCACCAAUAAAGAUGAGAAUAACAGAGAGCAGGUGUAUGAUCUACUGCAGAAGAUUGACACAAUGAUAGAGCAGAAUGGAGGAGGACACUACAGUAAUCAUAUGUUUCAAGAAGCUCAGAGAUUCAGACAAGAGGAAGAGAUAAGAAAUAGAGAGGAAGCAGAUGACAGAGAAGAGCAAUACAAUGAUCAAUGCAGGGGCGCAAAGAGCCAUCCUUCUUCUCGAAAAAGAACCCCGCUCCCGCUGGAGAGGAAGAGGGACGAAUCAAACCUGCUGCUAGAGAAUCCGAUAAAUAUUUCUCCAUGGCCACCCGCUCGGGUGCAGACAAGGAGAAAAGGCAUCCGCGAGGAGGAGAAGUGCCGGAAAGAAGAUCGAUUGCACAAUCAUACGGUCGAUGGGGAGGAAGAGAGGCAGCUUGGGACCGACUGA